AUGCAUUUGCUCUUUUGUGUGACGCUAAAAACACGUGGUGGACUAUUAGAUGAUGGUAACGUGACAAUUGAAGAACAAGUUGCUACAUUUGGUUGUCUAGGAGCAAUAGAUGGAACAUACAUUGAAGUGAUUAUACCUGAGUCCGAUAAACCACGAUACCGAACAAGAAAGGGUCAUAUUGCGAUUAAUGUAUUAGGUGCAUGCACUCGGGACAUGAAAUUCAUCUAUGUUUUAUCCGGUUGGGAAGGUUCAACUACCGAUUCUAAAGUACUACGAGAUGCGGUUACACGGAAUAAUGGUUUAAAAGUCCCAAUGGGUAAUUACUAUUUGGCUGAUGCAGGAUAUGUCAAUGGUAACAGAUUUUUAGCACCAUAUAAAGGUACUAGGUAUCAUUUACGAGAAUGGGAACACAUUGGUCAUACACCUUCAAAUAAGGAAGAAUAUUUUAACAUGAAACACUCACAAGCUAGAAAUAUCAUAGAAAGGUGUUUUGGUAUUUUGAAGAAACGUUGGACCACAUUACGAUGUUCUUCUUUCUAUCCAAUUAAACUUCAAAGAAGGAUGGUCAUAGCAUGUGCUUUGCUACAUAAUUUUGUUAAGAUGUACAUGGUUCUUGAUUCGGAAGAAAACACGACACUCACACUAGAAGAUAUGCCUAUAGGGGAAGAGCAAGUGGAAUCCAACGAUGAUGUUGAAUCUAUUGAUGUUGUUGAAUCGAGCAAUGAGUGGACUCAAUGGAGAGAUGCCAUCGCCCAAGAGAUGUUUGAGUCGUGGAUGUCAAGUAGAUGA